AAGCGCCGCCAUCUUGCGAAGCCGGCCCGAGGCGGCGCAGGGAGCCGAGCGGCUGCGGGUGGGUCUCCGGGGGCAGGUGAGGGCGGCGGCCGGCAGGAGGAGCUCGGGCCGGGCCGGGCAGGAGCGGCGCAGAGCCCGCGGAGAGCGCGACCCGCCUCGCGCAGAGUGAAGACUGGAAGUGCUAGAGAAGUGCAUAGCUGCAGCUCAAAGAAAAUGAAUGGUACACUGGAUCACCCAGAUCAACCUGAUCUAGAUGCUAUCAAGAUGUUUGUGGGUCAGGUCCCACGGAGCUGGUGUGAGAAAGAUUUAAGAGAACUUUUUGAACAGUAUGGUGCUGUCUAUGAAAUCAAUGUCUUGCGAGACAGGAGCCAGAACCCUCCUCAAAGCAAAGGGUGCUGUUUUGUUACAUUUUAUACCCGUAAAGCUGCACUAGAAGCACAGAAUGCUCUUCACAACAUGAAGAUUCUCCCAGGGAUGCACCAUCCUAUCCAGAUGAAACCAGCUGAUAGUGAAAAGAAUAAUGCAGUAGAAGAUAGGAAGUUGUUUAUUGGAAUGAUAUCGAAGAAGUGCAAUGAGAAUGAUAUCCGAGUGAUGUUCUCCCCCUUUGGGCAGAUAGAAGAAUGCAGGAUAUUACGGGGCCCAGAUGGGCUGAGCCGAGGUUGUGCAUUUGUGACUUUUACAACAAGAGCCAUGGCGCAAACAGCAAUCAAAGCAAUGCACCAAGCGCAAACCAUGGAGGGUUGCUCUUCUCCCAUUGUGGUAAAAUUUGCAGACACACAGAAGGACAAAGAGCAGAAACGAAUUGCUCAGCAACUCCAGCAACAAAUGCAGCAGAUCAGUGCUGCCUCUGUAUGGGGAAACCUGGCUGGUCUCAACACGCUUGGACCGCAAUACUUAGCACUUUAUUUGCAGCUCCUUCAGCAAACAGCAGCAGCCUCAUCUGGGAACCUGAACACGUUGAGCAGCCUCCACCCAAUGGGAGGACUGAAUGCGAUGCAGUUACAGAACCUAGCUGCGUUAGCAGCUGCAGCCAGUGCAGCUCAGAAUACACCAAGUGGCACCGCUGCACUCACCUCCUCCAGCAGUCCCCUGAGUGUGCUCACCAGCUCAGCAGGUUCCUCACCUAGCUCCAGUAGCAGCUCCUCUGUUAAUCCCAUGGCUUCUCUUGGAGCAUUGCAGACACUGGCAGGGGCUACAGCAGGCCUGAAUGUUAGCUCUCUAGCAGGCAUGGCAGCUUUAAAUGGAGGACUUGGCAGUGGUGGUCUUUCAAAUGGGACAGGUAGCACAAUGGAAGCUCUCACGCAGGCUUAUUCUGGAAUCCAGCAAUACGCUGCUGCUGCAUUGCCCACACUCUAUAACCAGAGUCUUUUAACACAGCAGAGUAUUGGUGCAGCAGGAAGUCAAAAAGAAGGUCCAGAGGGAGCCAAUCUGUUUAUCUACCAUCUCCCCCAGGAGUUUGGGGAUCAGGAUCUGCUGCAGAUGUUUAUGCCAUUUGGAAAUGUUGUCUCUGCCAAGGUUUUCAUUGAUAAGCAGACCAAUCUAAGCAAGUGUUUUGGUUUUGUAAGUUAUGACAAUCCUGUCUCUGCACAGGCUGCCAUUCAGUCAAUGAACGGCUUUCAGAUCGGCAUGAAGCGUCUGAAAGUACAGCUCAAGCGCUCUAAGAAUGACAGCAAGCCAUACUGAGCGCCCCUCCCCUCCGGGACUGGAGUGAGAAGGAUCUUUUGAUUCCUGCCGUUUGUUCAUCGUUGUGCCUAAAGCAUGUCGAUGUGGCGUUCAAGUACAUCGUCCAAAUCCUUGUCUCUUCAGCUUCUCUGAUGCUUGAACUCUCACCUUUGACCUUGUGUUGACCUUUGAUGCUGAUGUGUAUUUUUAUUAUGUUUGUUUCUUUCUUUGUUGUUUUUUUUUUUUGUGCUGCCAAAUUGGUUUUGCUAGAAAGACUGCUGAAGGGGGAAUAUUUAAACUUGCAUUUGAAUAUAAAAGAAUUUCUAUUUUUCUAGACCUUCGUAAGAUAACCACUUGAUUUUGUGAAUCUGAUUCUUUGUAAUUGUCUUCAGAGCAGCCUUGCUAGCAUACCUUGUGGAGUGUUUAUAUUUCUGUGAACAUACAGCCAAUCACUUUCUAGGCUUAGUUUUUUCUGUGUGCUUAGUUUUAAAAACACAGUUUUGAAGAAAAAGUCAAUUAUGUCGUGUGAUUCGAUUUUUGAGGAGACUUCCUAGUCACAUUUUGCUGAUCUGGUUUCUGUGCUUGAGGAGACAGCAUGUGUUUUUGAGUUCGAACUUGUGACUUGAGUGGCAUCAGCAGAAAACACUUGAACUACAUUUUCUUCCGAUUGUAGCUACAUUUUUGCCCUUGCAUUCAUUGAUUUUUAUUUUUUUUUUUAAUUUUAUUUUUUCCCCUGCUUCCCUGUGUGAUUAUCAGUCUGCAGUGAAAAUUUGAUCAAAGUUGAUGUUGUACUUUGUUAAGCCCCAGCAUGCCUGGUUUUUUUCGUAACUACAAUCUCCUCAGCAAAAUGUGAUGUUUUUGUUUUAUUCUUUCAAACUGAGAUCAUGCCCAGAAGUGUUUUGCAUGUUUCCUGCUGUUUUCUUCACACCCUCGUAUAUAUCACCUUCACCUCUCUGUUUUCUAUAGUUUGUGCAAAAACUGAGCAAUUUAAUGGGUUUCAAAGGUAUCCUUUUAAAUUGGUGUUUUUGGUAUGAGAAAUAUCUGAUCAGAAGCCACCUGAGGGCAUCUACCUGUGCACUUAGACUGUCUGCCUGACAGAACACCUGGACCUUGUUCCAUUUCCAGCACUGUCAGAGGCUCUUGGGGGCUGGGCUUCACUAUUCCUGUAGUAGGAGUCUUGGUGGAAGGGGACAGCUGGGAAGCAGGAAGAUGGGGGAACUUUGUAGUGUUUCUGUUUCUAAAGUUCUCUGAAGCUAGGGCUCCUCUGAAACGUUCUUUACUAGUACUUUAUAUAAAUCAGGGCACACUUUUACGAAGUCUAGCCUCAGCUUAAUACUAUCAGUCAGACUCUGGUGGUGGCAGGAUCCUGGAAAGAUCUAGGGUAGCUCUUGAAAUAAAGUAUUUGAAAUAUUCUAGAGAAAGCAUUUGUAAACCUAGUCAUACAACUGCUGGCUCUUUUCCCAAGUGACAAGCACAAUACGACAGCCUCUGAAGCUGUUACCUGAACAGGGUACCAUCCCCAGCUGUCUUCUCAAGGGGCUUAGCUGGGGAAUCUCUACGGAGAUUUUUUAGUUUUUGUUUAGUUUUUAAUUGGGUAAUGAGCUGAGCAGUUUUUCUGGCUUGCAGAAUGAUUGAGAACGAAUCACUGCUUUCUGCAUGGCAGGCUUCCCCCAACCCUACUUAAGAUCUGCACAGGUAGAAAGUGAGACGUAGCUUCUAGAUGAAGGCGCCUGAAGGGUGUUGUGCUGUGAUGAAGUUUCAGUCAAAAAGAGCAGAGAGAUAGCAUAGAUAUCUUAACCAUAUAAAAUGAUAUGACAUGAAAUCCCAGGAGAAAGGAGUUUACUAAUUAUGUUUGAUUGGGUAGAAAUCAUACUUUUGUCCAGUGUUUGGGAUAAUGAAAAUGCAGUGAAGAUUCCAUCCCAAUCCUGAGUUGACUGAGGAUACUAUACCAUUGACAUACUAGUUAGAUCUGCGUAGACAGUCUUUAGGCAGCUGAAGAGACAGAACAUUUUUGGGAUAUGGUACAUAUACCUGGGAACGAAGUGUGAGGCUGGAUGAGAAAAGGACAGAGACUUGUUUAUUUUGAAGGUGGGGUUGUGGGCUGGCUGCUGUUAGUCCCACAGUCUGAAUGCACAGGGCUGGGUGUCAGUGGGGACACUGAUACCCUGCGGUGUAUUGAGUAACUGCCAAUACAUUUCUGUACGUGCGCAUUUGGUUCCGUAAGGAACUCUGGGGAAACCUGUGGAAAAAUAUCUGAAGAAAACCAAAAUGCCAAACGUUGGAUGUUUCUUUCCUUUCUUAUUUCCUUUCCUUCCUUUGGUUGUUUUAAUUGUUCUAUGGUGGUUUUAAUGGAUUUGAGAUAGUGGAGCAGCAGCUGCCUUUCUGAUUUUUGGCUGCUUUUUGUGAAUAAUUUAAAAAGAAAAUUUACAUUUUGGAGACAAACCUGUGGGCUUUUUUAUUGGUACAAACAUUGUAUUUAACACUAGGGGUUUUGUACAGUUUUUUGCCUUUUCUACUAGAAAACAAUGUAAAGUGAUUCACAAUGUGACAAGAAAACAAAUUGCCACUAUGACCAAAUGUAGAGUCUGUUCUGCAGUAAUGGGAUUUAAUCAACUCGAAGUCGUGGUUCAGUCAUAGAAAUGCUUUUCUUUACCUUGUUUGAGCUGUUCCUUUAUUUUUCUUGUUUUGAUUUGCAAAACAAAAUGUCUUUUUGUGUGAAAUUGUGUUGUACUCUGUAGAGAAUUAUGGAUUUUACUUCAAUGGUUUAAGAAGCAGAGGAGCACAUUUUGCUUUUCUGAUGGCAGUUUGUGUAGUGGAUUUAAAAAUGAAAAGAUUUGUUACAAGUUUGGAUCAAGCGAGUAUGUGUUAAAGGAAUUUUCCUUUUGUGUGUGUGUUGUUUUGUUUUGUUUUUUUUUUGUCCCAAAGGGCAACUUAAAGCUGUUUUAAUUGCACAGACACACCGACAAUAAGUCAUUUUGUAUAUGCCAAGUGUGGUACCUUCCUUUGUUUAUUUGCUAUUAAACUGUUUGAGAAGA